UGCGUUCGCUCGUUCGCUCGACUUUACGGAUGCGCCAUCAUCCGUCCGUGCGACUAACCAAUCGGUUUGACACUUACCAAAGCAUCAGUGCGAUCCCCAACUCCAGAAUCCCAGCAGAAUCCAGAAGCAGUAUCGCGGACUCUUGGCGGGUGAUGAACCUCGUGUGAUAUAGCAUUCACUUCUCCCAGCGGCAACUGAAUCAUCCGUCUAAAUUCGAGGCAGACCGACGGGGUGGAUUGUUUUCCGGAAACUAUUCGAACUGCGUGGGGCAUUUGUGCACCUCUUCAACGCGAUGACGAAGGACCAGCAGGCGACACCCAUUCCCGAGGAGCUGUACAAUCUCACCCAGCUGGCGGAGGUCACUCUGUCGGUGGGUCCGCUGGUCACAGACGAGGUGAAGCCGCUGCCACUGCCACUGUACGCCUCCUCCUCGGACGACGACUCCAACUAUUACAGCCACAAGGUCUUCGAUCGCAGGAAACUGCGUCGCUGCACCAUCUCCGAUUCGAAUUCCUGCACCAGCAGCAGCUCCAGCUCCACAUCCAGCCGACAGUCCUCGGAGGAGCACCUGGGACUCCAGGGCCACUCGUCGGCGCACCACCACCAUGCGGAGCAGGGCGAGAUCCUCAACGGCACAUCGCUGCUGGAGGACGAGCACGUCUGUCCCGAGUGCGGCAAGAAGUACUCCACAUCCUCCAACCUGGCGCGUCAUAGACAAACGCACAGGUCAAUCAUGGACAAGAAGGCGCGCCACUGUCCCUACUGUGAGAAGGUGUACGUUUCGAUGCCCGCCUACUCGAUGCACGUGCGCACCCACAACCAGGGAUGCGAGUGCCAGUUCUGCGGCAAGUGCUUCUCGCGGCCGUGGCUCCUCCAGGGCCACAUCCGCACCCACACCGGCGAGAAGCCCUUCAAGUGCGGCGUCUGCGAGAAGGCGUUCGCCGACAAGAGCAACCUGCGCGCCCACAUCCAGACCCACUCGAACACCAAGCCGCACACGUGUGCGCGUUGCGGCAAGGCCUUCGCCCUCAAGUCCUACCUGUACAAGCACGAGGAGUCCUCCUGCAUGAAGAACCGCGGCGGUGGCUCCGCAUCGGCAUCGGGAUCAGCAUCUGGUAACCGGGCUUCCACUUCGCCCAAGAGGCAGCAGUCGGAGAUGGCGGGCGGCUCCAUCUCGGCAUUGGGUGCUGGAUCUCCAGCUGCAGUGUGCACUGCCUCCGACUCAGCCAAGUCCACGCUGGCCAACAAGCUGCUGCAGAAGGAGAAGGAGCGCAGGCAGGCGGCCCUGGCCUUCCAGGGCUUUCCGGCUGGCCCAGAAGCCACGGCCUACGAGGAGUACGAGAAGUUCAAGCGCAUCAACGUGAUCCAGCCGAAGGUGCUGCCGCACAGAGUGCCCAGCCUCUACCAGGACCUGCUGCCCAAUCCCCACGUGCCACUGGCCUUGCCCCUGGCCAUGCCGUACCACUUUCAGGGCCAGGCCACGUCCACGUCCACGUCCUUGGCAUCGGACACCAGCUCCGUGCAGGAGCAGCCCGUUGACUUCUCGCCCAAGAACAACUUCACGCACUCGGCCAAGACGAGUCCCUUCGAGCUGACCGGGAACUACGCCAUGGUGGCAUAGGAUCUGCCCAGCCAGGAAACCCAGAAAAAGACACCGGAGAGAGCAAAGCAGAGCACUACCCAAAGCCAUUCACGGAGAUCCCAGUCCCACUAGAUCCCACUAAGUCCAAGUCCCUUCAAAGCCCACCCCAAAUCCAGGACACUUUCUUACUGUAGUCAACGAAUAUGUGAUAAAAAUGCAAAAGAGCUAAAGUACCAUUAGAGAGUAGAUGAUUCCAGAGCGACGAGGAGCACGCACAACUCAUCAUCUUCGCGGAGAACUCCAGAGACGGCGAGGUCAUACACCGUAGAUAUAACAUAUAGUAGAGAGACAAGGUUGGAUCGAUUGGAUCGCGAUUGAUCGUUUGAUCUUCACUUAGUUGUAAUGAGAGACUUCUUAGAGACUUGCCAAGAACAGCGACAAAAAACCAAUGUAACCAGUAUUUUUUUAUAGCACAUACGAUUACGAUUACCGAUCGGAGGGCCGGAGAGAUCCCAGCAUCCCAGAUCUCCCAGCUCUCCGGACGAUCGAACUCCGCAGCAAAGCUACAAACUUUACACAUAGUCAACUAGCUUUAUGAUUUUACAAGAACUAGGCAUACGAGUAUCCCAAGAUAUCCACACACUUACACACUCACACACCAUUACUAACUCCAUUAAUCACUUCGCAUUAAGGCAUCGGUCGACUUCCUGCUUCCGGCACGGAAGUCGGUCCCAAACGAGAGAAUUUCUAGUCUUUACAUUUAAAUUCAGCGCACACUUGGCGGCAGAAGGGGUAUCACCCAUCUCCUCACCUUUGUGCGCGGCCUUAUUUUAAGCACUUUACGGCCGCAUGUGGUGCAAUAAUUGACAUAACUGUAUCGCUAAUUAGCGCCAAGCACUUUGCCAUAUUGCAAUAUGUAUAUCUGUAUAUUUCUACGUUCACGACUCGGAGCAAUCGUCCAUCUCAUUGUAGCCCCACCACCUACUCAUCGAGAGACAGACACCCACUGCAUUUCGACUCGACCUACAGCUAAUAGCACCAAAGAUACUUCGAUUUAGAUGCGCACGCAUACUACCUUUAUGUACUCGUACUUACCAUAUACACCAAAAUAUAUAUACACGUAUACGUAGCUCUAAAUGUACUAUAGAUUUGCACAUUAACUCGAAUUAAACGAGCGAUCCGCUGAUCCCCGAGAAAAUACAAA